AUGAUGGCCGAUUCGCCCGCCAGCAAUACCGGCCCGGCCAUGGCUGGGGUUCCUGCAGGGACGGUGGGUGGUGGUGGUGGAGGCCCUCAUGACCCCACCGUUAUCCCCCAGUGGAAAAAGGAACUGAUCCAACGGCGCAAGAACCUAGCCAAAACGAUCGGAGCCGUCGCAACGCAAGUUCACGAUUCGGCUUCGACGGUGGCCGCGGCCAUUUCUGCUUCCGCUUCGUCGCCGGUAACCGCUCAUCCGCGCACACCCACCGGAAGUGGGGCGUUCCCUGUUGGGAGUCCUUUUUACGCCGGUUCCGGAACGAAAGACACCACCACAUGUGCGCAAGCCGAUGCAACUACAGUGACUGCCAGCGAAACGCUGCAUCAGCUGUCCGGUGGCGCAGAACAACCAGUAGCAGCCGAAUCGUCAGGACAGUUGGCUGAGAACAGUGGAAAUAAUAACGAUUUCACAUCUUGCUCCAUUUCCGACCAUGCGACAGUCACGACAACAGCAUCUCCAACGUCACCUGGCGGUGCUUUUGCCGGUGUUCAUUAUGGAGCAGCGAAUGAACACCUCCAGCAGCAGCAGCACUAUCACCACAGUCAACAACACCACCACCAGCAGCAGCAGCAGCAGCAGCAGCGAGGUGGUGUUGGUAGUGCCACACGCGGCCCAGCUGAAGCCGUAGCAGUGUUGGUGCCACCAUCGACAGCUCCAGCAAGUGGAUCAUCGCCAUCGUCGCUCCCCACGGCUAACGGAGCUCAUUCGCAUUCCAAUGCCACAACACAACACAGUUCGGAACAGAGCGGCAGUAGUGCUGCCAUCGGAUCCGCAACACAACACCGCACCACGGGCGGCACAGUGAUCGUCGAGCGUGAAAGUUCGUCCGUCUGCUCAUCAGCAGCAGUAGUUGGUGGCAAGGUGGUAUCGGGAACGCACUCUCCGACGCAACAACAGCAGCAGCAGCAGCAACAACAUACUUCGAGGGACGGCGUUGCAGCCAGGAAGAUGGUGGCAGCUACGGCCGCGGAAGAGAUCGUCGUUGUCUACGAAAAAAGCUCCGUGCUCGGGGGUCUGGAUGUGACGGGUGGUGGCGGUGGAGGCAUCGUGGGCGGUGGUGGUGUUGGUGGUGGUGGUGGCGGUGGUAUCGGAGAUGCCGGCGAGGAGCUAAAGUACGGGCCAGGGAUCGUGUCGCGGUUGCGCUGUCGCUAUCUCAGCCUAGCCCUACGCCAAUCCGUGGCCAAACAGCGUCCUUCGCUGAAUAGCAUGCGCCGUGCGACAAGCCUCAAUAACCUGCUGGAUGAGGAAAGUGAGGAUCUGAGUGAGCGCGAACAAUCGAUCGGUAGCGAAGGUACCGGAGGUGGAGGAGUAGGUCAGCAGCAGAAAAAGUACCAAUCGCAGAAUUAUCAUCACCAACACCAGCACCACCAACAGCAGCAACAGCAGUACCAUCGCGAACACUACACCAACGGAAACGGCAACAAUCAUAACCAUAACCAUAACCAUCAUCAGCAGCAGCAACAGCAGCAGAUUCAUCCAACGGUAGUUCUGCAGGCGCCUCCAUACCUAAAGCAGCAGCAGCAGCAGCACCAAUUCGCCCCGAAACAACAGCCGUGGGUCCAACAGCAGCACCAGCAACAACUCCAGCACCAAGAGGAGCAACAGCCAGGAGGUGGUGCGGUCAAGACGGCACCGUUUCUGCGCGGCGUGCAAAACAGUUAUACGCGAGCGAGCCGUCAGGUGGAGAAGAAGAACGAGUACAAUCGCUACACCAAGCACCAUCGAGGCGCUGGUGGUGCCGAUGCGAUCCUGCUCAAGCGUGCCCGCUCAGUCGAGGCUUUGGUGCGCUACGAUCACAAGGCCUGGGAGCGAGACGCAGCCAACCCAGUAGCCUCAGCAGCAACAACGGCAACAACAGCUCCUCCGGCACCGGUUGCAGUAGCUCCAGCAACCGUAGCAACAGUUCCAUCAACAACCAUCACCACCGUGUCGUCCUCUGUCGAGGUGGGCAGCAAUGUGAUCAUACUGGACGAGAUCGCGCAGCCAACGACGGCGACGACGACGACGACGGUAACGGCGACGCCGCCGGCGGCGGUGGCUGCAGCAGUAGUGACCGCUCACUUGAACGAGGGGCACGUCACAAGCAACGGUAUAUCCAGUUCGAACUUGAUCACCACCACCGGCAGUCCAACGGCGUCGACGGCGACGGCGACGGCGACGACGACGACGACGGCGGCGAUGCUGCUGAAUGGGAAAGGUGCCACCGGUGCAGGAGGAGCACCAGAUUUGCCGCUUUUGGUCAGCGAUUGCGUGACGAUCGAGGAGAAGAUCAUUAACGGGCGCGAGAAGGGUGAUCCGAAACCGAAGCGGUUGACCUCGUUCAUAGACGCCGACGAGCGGCCACCGCCGGAUGUGGUCAAGCAGACGAUGAAGAUCUUCGAAGCGAAUGCGAACCGUCGUGGUGGCCGACCAACGGCCGGAACCGGUGGCGGUGUUGUGACGUCGGUGGCCACAACGGCGGUUGCCGCCGGUAGCGAAGUCGCACACAAAGUGGCCAGUUAUCGAUCGAUCAUCAUCUCGGGUACGGUGACCACACCACCGGGCGUAACAACGACGGCAGCAGCGGCGGCGGCCAUUGCGGGUGAAAAACCACCCAUCACACACCCGAAACCUCCGUUAAGCCCCAAAAAGCCAAAUAUCAAACCACGCACCGCUAGUCCGAAGCAACAGCAGCAGGUUGUUAGUGCCGCCGCAGGUAAACCGCCACCGACACCGAAAACGCUCGAGGCGGUUAACAAUCUGAAGAACGUCGCUUUAACACCGUCGUCGUCGUCGUCGCCGCCGCCGGUGGUAGCUGUUAAAAACCACAACAAACCGCCGACGGUGGGGAUGACAGAAGCCCCCAAGCAACAACAACAACAACACCAACAACAAGCUACGCCUCCAUCGCCUCCAGCACGCAGCAAACACACCACCCCGGUGGUGGCCAAUGGGGCCAACGGUGGUAGUGGUGUUGGUACGAAGGGCCCACAAAGCGACGCACUCAAGAACGGUGCGACGAUUCGUGAUCACAACAACUACGAGAACGGUACGACGCAGACACCAUCAACGGGCGCUAAGACGCUGUCGUCGACGACGACGGCAACGACGUUGGCCACACCAGGGUCAGACCACCAACACAUGCACACCAGCGGUACAGGCAAUACGGCACGGGAAGCGGCAACAUCGCCGACGACGACGACGACGACGGGAAUUUGCGACUCGCCUUCGAUCCAGCAACUCACGGGUAAGCUCGCCAGUCUGCAUCUGGCGACCUCUACGCCGACUGGAGCUGCGAACGGGUCGGUUCUGGUGCAGGAUCGACGCAACCUUGAUUACGUCACGAGUGAGGAGGACGACACGACCACCGCCGAGGAGGAGGAGGAAGAAGACGAAGAACAGGAGGUGCGGGAUAAGGUGGAUCACGGGAAAGCUGGCGGCAUCACCGGCGCCAGCGGUUCUUACACCGUCAAUCCGGACUCGAGCGAAGAAGGUGAGGACGUGCCAGCAGUGGGUGGUGGAAGUGAACACGACGCGGACGGUGAGGACGAGGUGAGUCCGGACAGUAGCGAGGAGGAGGAGGAGGAGGAGAACGAGGAGCAUCGAUCUGUGCGGAAAAUUUCCCGCACCGCCAUGGAAAACAUCGCCCGUGCCGGUACUACGACGCAGUUCCGGUUUAACGGAGCUGUCAAAUCAUCGUAUCUUCCGGGGGCCAGCGGCGCUGGUGGUGGUGGGAUGACACCCGUGGCCAGCAACAAACCACCCGCCCCACCGAUUCCGAUGUCACGGGAAAGCCUGACCGGUGGUGGAGUAGGAAAGCCACCACAGAUCGAGGCCAACGGGCGUCUGCCGCCAGAGGGCGCUAGUGUGGUGACCUCGUCGAACAGCAACGGUGUCAGUAGUGGUAGUAGUAGUGCCCUCUCAGCAGCCAGUGUUGCCAGUGGAGGUUCUAGUGCGAUCGUACCGGGUGGUGCUUUGAUCCCAACAGCAGUGCCGGUGCCGGUGCCUUCGUUAACGCGGCGCGAGAUCGAGAAGAAUCAAAUCAAUCGCGAGAAAAGCGGUGAAUCCGUCGCCGUACCGGUGUCGUCCGGAACGAACAACGCUAACGGUGCCGGUUCGGGCGUGCAAGUGGCAAGUGCGAAUAAUGGUUCUGGUGGUGGUGCGAAUGGUGCUGGUGUGAAACCGACGAUGGCGCCGACGACGGCGAUCGACAGUACCACGUCGUUUGUGGCCAAGUGGGGAACCGGUGGGAGUGCCGGAACGGUGGUGAGUGGCCAAUCGCCCCUGGCCGGGUUGGUGCCGGUGCGUAAGAAGACGAAACCACCGCCAAGCCACCAGCAGGAUGGCACCAACACGAUGGUGUUUAACUUCAGCGAUCGCAAGGACGUGCCGGACUACAUCGAGAACGAUGGCGUCAUCAUCCGGCCACGCCCGAGAGAACUUCCCAAGCCCGGCGAGUCCGGUUUCGUGGUGCUGGGCGACCUGACACUGGAAACCUCGACCGAUCCGGACGACGCGUGGGCCACUGGACCGCCAUCGCCGUGCAACGGUGAAUUCGCCAACGCCUACAUCGUGAUCAAUGGCAAAUCGAGCAUGAGAAACAAGACUAGUAGAAGUAGUAAGUUCAAAAUUCAGUUCGACGAUUCGCUCACCUCCACGUACGAGUAUCCCUCGGAGACGUCCCUGCUGGAGGCGAACGGGUAUGACGACGCGGACACCGGAACGGACGCGAACGGCGCCGCAGGACUCGCCUUCGUCGACAACGGCCUCCUGUCGCACACCAACAAGCUCCUUUCCUCGGUGCCACUCGGUUCUGCGCCGUUCGCUAGUUACACCCCAGUAAAAGCCGCCAUAGACACGACCUUCGAGCUCGGCGUGACCCGUACGCCGUCCCCGUCGGCAGCCAGCACGGCCAGCAGCACCGGCUCGAACGGAAGCCUUACCACAUCGAGCAACAGCAGCAACCAUAGUCAGCACUCUGCCACAUCCGCCACUUCAACCCACAGCGAGCAGAAGGCACAAUUGCAGCACUCCACCGUUAGCAGCAAUGGUCACCAUCACCACCAGCUUCAGCAGCACCAGCUCGACCGGCCGAACAACAACGGUCUGCACAGCAAUGGCCACAGCAACGGGGACGCGAUGUUGAACGGCGAACCGCUUCUGGGUAGCAGUGGGACUGGCGAACCGGAAAGCAUCCAGUACCUCAAGCCGGCUUCCGACGAACAAACGGUCAACUGGAGUCAAGGCACGCGCGUCACGGAUCUGCUGUUCUAAGCUCGUCGCCCUCGUCCCGGUGCCCGUCGUGGACACAUCCCCUGUACAGUUUAUGCUUUAGCGAUUUAGUGAGAGACAGAGUGCUCCCGAUGGAGGUGUUAAACCCCUCCCGGAAGUUACUUCUGCCAACUGGCCACCCGUCGUCGUUGUGGUUCUGCCGCAAGCUAAGAGGUGGUUCGAUUUGAGAAUUUGUACAUCGAACUCCAUAUCCUUCGUGCUUACCAUCGAAAAGAGUGACACAGAGAGAGAGAGAGAGGCAGACAGAGAGAAUGAAAGCGACUCGAAGCGGCGCUCAUCGUGGCUUUUCGGUGGUGGAUUUUAGUCUUAUCCCUGAUAUGUAUUCUCAGUUAUUGAAUUUCUUCCUUCCGACCUCAUCUGAAGGGAACGGGAAUGAACAGUGGAUGAACGACGACGAUGGUUCUGUUCUCCGUAUCUUCCCUGCUCCCUUCCCAUAAUAUCGCCCCACGUGGGUCGCAUUGAUUGCGAUUCUUCCGAGUUAAAUUCUUUUUCCUCGCGAGGAGAGUGUGAGCUCUCCUCACAGGACGAGGACAUUCCCUAUAUGUUUUGUUUUGUUUUUCUAACUUCUUUAUGGAAAUCGGGCUUUUUCCGCGUUCCUUUCACCCCGCGCAAUAGAUUGCCACGUUUUAUGAACUAAAGUGAAUAAAAAUUAGUAGCAUAAUAGAGAUUAACGGAAAAGGCGUUGCUUAUACAUGGCCACACCACACCAGCACCGUUGCUUCUGCACGCUGGGACUGAUUUUUGCUGCCUCAGCACAUGUCGUUAAGCGAGAGGGAACUGAAAUCAGACUAAUUCCGAGAACAUUCCUCAAGAUCCUUGGCGCCCUUCUUCCCUGCGACACAUGCGUGUGGGGGAAAUCGUGAGCUGGUUGAGCUGCGAGCAGACACACCAUGCCCAAAAAUAUUGUGAUUUAAUGAGAAACGCCCUUGCGAAGGAGCUGAAGUUGGGUGAGCGAAUACGAGGGCUGGUGUUGAGAAAGCAGCACGAUCCAGGCGAAACGAGACACAAGAAUUAUUGCUAUUGUCACUACUCGUAUAACUACUAUUAUUAUAUUAUUAUUAUUGUGAAAACUUAUACAGAGACGGUAGACACGGAAUACGACGGCUGCGCUAGGUAGCAGUAGAGUAGAAUAAGAUUUUUUUCUCUUUUUAAGAACGUACAUUGUAUAAAGCACGCAUCUUACGAUCGGUGUUUGACCACCGGUAUGGUGGCAAAGUGUGAAAAGAAACGUUGGAGAACAACGGCAAGAGGAAACACCCGACACGGAGAAGCAACUUGGCCACCAGAAAAUGAGGAUUACGAGUUUUGAUUGCUGAUUGCGAGUAUUUUAGCUUUCCGACAUUGCUGCAAAUUAGCCGGAGCUUUGCCGCUGCAGAUUGAUUGCGCUCCUUGCUGGUUUGUUUGGGCGCAUUUAAAGCCUCAAAAGUACGACCUCCUGCCUGUUAGCGAUCGAUGGGCACCAUAAGCAUGUGAUUGAGCGUAGAAAUUACAGAGCCUUUUUUCGGGAACCAGCAAUAGUGUGUAAGGAUGCCGAGAAUGAGAGAGAGAGAGAGAGAGAGAGAGAGAGAGAGAGAACGAUGCAAUUUGAAAAGUCGAGCGCGCGCGAACCCGUUCUACCGAAACACUGCCGGACUAACGUGUACGUGCCCUCCCAACCAAAACGGUGAAGGAGUUGCCUCAGAGGUGCCGUGCUUUUAUUGUUAGUGUGAUAGCAGGUGAUAAUAGUGCAGUUUUUGCAUGCUUGCAGAAUAGAUUCCUUUCCCUCUUGCCCAUAGCUAGCUUUCUCCUCCGGUGCGUCGGUUGGCUACCAUUUCUGGUUUCUGGCCGCUAGAGCGCGCUUGCAUUAAUCAUUAUCCUUAUUACUCUCUUCGGCUUGGCUCCUUUUGCAUGGCAGUUCGCAUUCCAUAUGAUGCAAGAGAAUUAAUGACCGCGAAUGGCUUCAAUUUUACGGGAACCUCGAUCCAGUAUCGAAAAAAAAGGAGAGGGAGUGUGUUCCGUUUCGAGGGGUUAUUUUCUUCGUUCUAGUUACGCUCCCAAAAUUCCAUAACGUUCUUUGCGUAUUUUUUAUACAUAUACAUGCAUAUAAAUCGUAUACAAAAUAAAUCUAUCGACAAGACAGUCUUAAUGCAUUUUAUGCAACCAGAGUAAUUUACUAAAGGUGUAUGAAUCUGUAGUGAAA